CGGCGCCCACGUGACUCCCGGCAAAAUGGCGAUGUUGGCGGAGCCUCCGAGGAUCCGUCACAGGAAGGCACGAGCAUUGCUGAAGAAGGAGAAGCGGCGGAGGAGGCGGCAGGAAGAGGCCAAACAGCGGCAGGCAGAAUUGGCUAAUGAAGAGGAGAUAGAAGAGGCAGAAAACCUUGAGGAAGAAGAAAGAGAGUUGGAGGCUGAAAGGCAGCGCUUACAUGUAGAAUGGCUGGAAAAAGAACAGCAGGCACAAGAGGAAUUCCGGCUGAAAAAGGAAAAAGAAGAAGCAGCACGGAAAAAACAGGAAGAGGAGGAGAGAAGAAUACGAGAAGAAUGGGAACAGCAGCAGAUGAAGGAAAAAGAGCAAGUGGAACACAAACAGCAGGAACGGAGAGAACGAGAGGAAGCUGUUCAGAAAAUGCUGGAUCAGGCGGAAAAUCAGUUGGAGAAUGGUGGCACAUGGCAUAAUCCAGAAGCACCAGAGGAUUAUGGGACUGAAAAGGAUAAAUCAUAUUGCCCAUUCUUUCUGAAGACUGGAUCCUGCAGAUUUGGUGAUAGAUGUUCCCGUAAACAUGUAUACCCAGCAUCAAGUCAGACCCUCCUUAUCCGAGCCAUGUUCAUUACCUUCGGGAUGGAGGAGAGUAGGCGUGAUGAUUAUGAUACAGAUUCUGGGCUGGAGCACAGUGAGGAGGACAUUUACCAGCAGUUUGUGGAAUUCUAUGAGGAUGUACUGCCUGAAUUUAAGAGCGUUGGGAAAGUGAUACAAUUUAAGGUUAGUUGCAACUAUGAGCCACAUCUCAGAGGAAAUGUGUAUGUCCAGUAUCAAAAAGAGGAGGAAUGCCAACAGGCCUUUGCACUUUUCAAUGGACGUUGGUAUGCAGGAAAACAGUUGCAGUGUGAAUUUUCACCUGUCACUCGAUGGAAAACAGCAAUAUGUGGACUCUACGAAAGACGCAAAUGCCCCAGAGGAAAACACUGCAAUUUUCUCCAUGUGUUCAGGAAUCCUAACAGCGAGUUCUGGGAGGCUGACCGAGACCUUUACAUAUCACCAGAUAGGACCAAAUCCUACUCUAGUAAAUACUUUGAGAGGCGUGAAAGAACAAGCUAUCGUCACGAUUACCACAGUCGAUCCAGGAGGCGGUACAGCUGUAGUCCAGACAAGACACAUAGAAGGUCUGGAGAGUCUGAAAGGAAACGAAAACGAAGCAGGAGCAAAGAUAGGAGACGCUUACAGAGGUCCAGGAGUAAAAGUCAGGACAGAAAAAGAUCACGAAGCAGAGAGAGGUACCGUAGAAGCCAGAGUAAAGAAACACGCAGAUCUCAGAGGUCUCGAAGCAGAAGCGGAGAGAGAAGGAGAUCGAGAAGCAGAGAUGGAAGUAGGUGUAGGUCAAGGAGCAUAAGUGAAGAACGAUCAUUGAGCAGGAGUAAAUCUAGAUCCAGAAGCCGAAGUAAAAGGACAAGCAGAGACCGGUCUGGCAGCAGGGGAUUGGGGACAGAGCGAUCACGAAGCAGAAGUAAAAGUAAACCACGAUCCAGAAGUAGAAGCCCUCUUAGAUGGAAUAGGAAAAGGAAAAGAGAGUCUGAAAACAAGGACAAAAAAAGCAAAAAGAGAGCAAAGAAAGAGAAGAAAGCCAAGAGCAAGGCUGACGGUAAAUCGAAAGGCUCCAAAACAAAGAGGCAGGAUGAUGAGCACAAGAACUCUCCAGUUAGUCAAUUAGAAAAGGAUGCACAAAUCCCAGCACAUGAUCCUGAAGCACGAGGCCUCUCCACUUCUCCAAGCACAAAGAGCUCAGCGAGUGAUUUAACAGUGCCUGCCAAACUAGAAGAGACCGCUGAAACAGAAGCCGUAAAUCAGUGAAGAAUUGAGACUGAACCUAAUCUAGAAGCUUGUGAAAAGUGAAACUGCAUUGAUCAACUACAAAAUUGAGAAAGACUACACAAGGGGACAAUGCACAAACUCCAUUUAUAAUACUUCUCGCUUGUCUGUUAUAUACAUUUCAUUUUAUAUUUAUUUUGAUAACUAUUAAACUGUCACCAGUUCACGCACUUAAAACUGCCAGUUUAAAGUUAAUUGUGGCUUGGUAGUAAUCUGUGCCUGAUGUAGUCAAAUUGUUAUUUUGUUUGUUGACUGCAAAAUAAUCAGGCCAACUACAGUUUACAGUAUCUGCAUUAUACAUUCUGUCCAACAUGA